UCGAUCGACUGCGGGGCAGAGAAGAUUGUUAGUACACACCGGACCAUCGUACUGAUAGUUUGUAUUCUCGAUUCGCCAAGUUUAGAGAUAAAGGUGAUUCUUCAUGAGAUCAGCUUUCGAUAAAGGAAAGAUCGACGCUCGCUAACACAAUGACAUCAGCCAAGAUGGAUAUCAUAACCAUCAUGCUGUCCAAUGAUUACAUCGUAGUCGGUAAAAACGGUGAUGGUUUUGCUUUCGAGUGGACGAAGUCGGAUCCGUACAAAAAGCCAGAAGUCGAAGCCUGGGACCAGAUGCUCUACGGAGCGCUCGAGAACAUCUUCCGCACGCGCUGUCGCACCAGCGGCGAGAUCAAAGAACUCAUUCGAGGCCGAAGCGUGUACACGAACAAGAAGUCCAUAUUCGAUGAAAUCUUGAAGCGGGAACCCACCUUAAGCUGGCUGCUCGCGCAAAACAAUGAUCUCUCGCUCCUGUGGCUCACGGUCUUGAGCUGUCUCCAGGAUUCGGCCGAGCUGCUCGUCCGCUUCGGUGCCGACGGCAACGAGCUCUGCGGACAACACAUGAACUGGGCCGUCACCGAGAAAUCGACCCUUCUCCACGUGCUGGCUCAGAUGUACCCUUCCUCCUGGAAAGACCGACUCGGUCGUCUGCUGAUCGAACGCGGUGUCGACUGGAACGCCCGAGACGCGAACGGCGAGACCGUCGUGCAAACGGCGAUGAAGAAAGGCUGCGCCCAGCUGAUCAAUCUUUACUACAAAACAGGAGCCGACGUCAACGCCGUCGACGAUCGGGGUAUGACACCGCUGCUCGAAGCUGCAGUCGGCAGUAGGAAUCCCGAGAAACUGAUUCUGGUGUUGAUCAGACGCGGAGCCGAUAUUCACGCCAGAGAUCUACAGGGCAAGAACGUCUUGCACCAAUUGGCACAGAACAUGAGAGAAAACCUUAAUCUCGCAUGGGUGGCCGGCUUUCUCAUCGACAAGGGUGUCUCGAUGUACGACAGAGACUCGAACCAUUACCAGCCAAUACACCUGGCCAUAUGCAGCGGAAAAAUGGAAUUAGUGGAAGUCUUCUUGAAGCACGGCAUGGACGUGAACGUACGGGAUCCAUUUAUCUCUGAUGAGUUUCUGCUGCAUUUCGUCGUAACGAAGUCCGAGACCUCGAAAAUCCUUAUACCUCUGCUCCAAUACGGCGCGAACAUCGAUAGGAGAGACAAGUGGGGAUGGACCGCGUUACACGCCGCUUGCGAAAAAACGCGAGAUCCUAAACCUCUAAUAAGGAGGAAGAUAAGUUUACUUCUGUAUUUCGGCGCGGAUAUGUUCCUCGAGAACAACGAUGGCUGGGAUCCUUUCGAUCUAGUCCAGACCAAACUUUUGGCACAGACGCUGAUGGUGAAGACAGUGGCGCUGAGAAAGGCUCGCUUACCCCCUACCGUCGAAUUUCGCGACGAAAGAAUCCUCAAGGAGAGGCAUUGCAACUACUGGAACUAUUAUCAAGACUGCAUCAAGGAGAUCGACAGGACUAAAUCCAAGAAGAUCACCGAGAGCUGCACCUUGUUCGAACUCCUGACGGGAUGCCAUUGCAGUUCGGCUCACCUCAUGCGGGUCCCAAAAUUCAGGGACGAAUUUGAAAUUUACGAUCUCAGCGAUUUUCCACUGUAUGCCGAAAAUCUGCGCGAUGCUUACGAUUUUGCGAAGUCUUUCUACGAGAUUGAGAUGCAACCUGUAAUCAACGCGGCUGUUCGUAAUAUUUUGUCUUUUAGAUUGACGAGGAAUGUGAAUGUGGUUCGUCACCAUAUUCCCUGCAAAUUUUGUGGGAUUAAGAAAUUGGUGCAAGACUGUCGUAGGCCGCCCGUAAAGAGGUGAUAUAGUAACGCGGAUUUGUAUAUUUUUUUAGUACUUGGACGAAUGUUCGAACGAACUGACAUGGUUUUAAAUCUAUUUUAUUUGUUUAUGCUUGGACAUUGCGAUUAAGGUAUUAUUUGAAAAAAGUGCUGACAACUGGAUAAGCUGCUAUUCCGUGCGAUGUUUUAAAGAUUAGUUUCCGAUACUCGUUUACAGCAAAUAAACGCUAAUACACAUUUUCUAACAUAAAUAA